GAGAAUAAACGAGCCCUGGAGGACUUAGGCAGUGGAAGUUAAUAGAGAUGAGAAAUGGCAUGAAUCUAUUCAGAGUUGAUUGGGUUUAUCCGAGAGAACUGUAGUAACCUAGGAGGGACUUCAAGAAUCCUGAUAGUCAAGCAUCUCAAAAGUGAUAUUUCUGUUUUCUUUUUUUCCUGUUCAGAGAUGUUUUGAGUUGUCUGAACCCUGGUAAACUCUGAAAGUAGCAGGUGCUGACCCAUCCAGAGAGCAUAGAAUUUUGGACCUGAUUGGGUGGAUUCUCCUACCGGAAUUGAUGAGACCAAUUCUGCAAUCUUACGAAUCAUCACACUCACCUGCUGAAUCUUGAGAGUGCAGAUGCUGGAAAUUCUGCUGAGAUGGCUGAACUUCCAGGACCAUAUAAUUGUCCCAAAGACCUAGAAAUGGUGCUGCCUAAAAGCCAAGAUGACUGGUCCAAAGAAGACAUUGUGCAGUUACUGGAAUAUAUGGAGAAAAGCAUUCCAUCCAAUGACAGGCACACAUUCAAAACGACCCAGUCAAUGAUGGACUGGGAAAAAGUAGCUUUUAAAGAUUUUUCUGGGGAAAAAUGCAAACUCAAAUGGUUAGAGAUUUCUUGUAACUUGACAAAGUUCCGCACUUUGAAAGAAUUAAUCCAGGAAGCUAAGGAAAAUGUUAACAAUCCUUCCAAAAGCAGAAACCACAAGAAACAUCCUGAUUUACCCAAGAGGCCCCUGACAGUUUACCUUCGCUUUUUUAAAGAGAUGAGACCUCAGUACCUCCAAAAACACCCCAAGAUGAGCAACCAGGAGCUGACCAAGGUUCUGUCUAAGGAAUACAGGAAGCUGCCCAAACAGCUCAAGCUGAAAUACAGUCAAGAUUUCCAGAAAGAGAAACAGGAGUUUCAGGAGAAAAUGGUUCUGUUCAGAGAACAGCACCCAGAACUAGUCCAGAACUCCAAGAAACCUGAUGUCCUCAAAGGAAGUCGAAGCAAAGUGCCAAAGAAGUUUCAGGAACAUGUGCAAAAAGUGAAGCCUCCCCCAGCAAACAAUUUACCCAUAAAGUGGAAAUUCCAUGGAGAGCCCAAGAAGCCCCCGAUGAAUGGCUAUCACAAGUUCCACCAGGAUCUCUGGUCGAGCAGGGAGCUGAAAGUGGUACCCUCGCGGGAGCGCAUGGUGGUCAGUAGAUGCUGGCAGUGGGUCCCUCAGGACCAGAAGGAGCUUUAUAAGAUGCAGGCGGAGGGACUGCAGACACAGUAAAAGGUGGACCUUGAUCUCUGGCUCAGGACUCUGUCUCCUGAAGAAUAUGCUGCUUACAGAGAGGCGACUUGUGCUAAGCUCAAGAACACGAGCAUGACGGGGGCCCCAAACCCCAAGAAUAGAAGGAUGGGUCUGCAGUCCCCAUCAUCAGGGAACCUGAAAGGAAGACUUAGAGAGGACCUGGGGCUUCAGUCUGAAGAGUCAGAAACAUCAGACACGAUUGGAGAACACUCUCCUGCCUCAGGGAGAUCAGAGGAAAACAAGGAAGAGGAGGCAGACAGCAGCUCCUCAGUCCCCAGCACCGAGGAUGAAGAUGGAGAUUCUGAGCUGGAGGACAGCAGCUCCAGCUCAUUGUCCUCAGGGGACUCCUCUGACUAGGAUUCCAACUGAGUUUUGCUUCACAACCUGAAGGGACAAAGAACUUUCCAGCAAAAGUCCAUGGGCCCUUCUCUCUAUUGCCUCUUCAUUGUCUUCCUUCUUUCUCUCCCUCUUCAUACAAAGUGGGACCUGUUGGAAAGAAGGCAUCUUGUGCUCUAAUUUCUGGCCUCUCCAUCUACCCCACAUUCACCUCGAGAGAAAGUCAAUGCAAUGACGCCUCCUGGAAUAAACCCUGAGCUGACUGGGCUGUGGGGCCCCCUGGACUAGACUGAGCUCCCUAAACUGGGAAGGUUUGCUCUCCUCACCCUCUGCGGGCCAGACGUGAGGGGCUGCAGGGGUCUGUGACCCCCCCUUCUCUGUGACCUUGUCUCUCAGGUCUCAGGCAGUGAGCUGGGGAGGGAAGAUCUGAUUGACUGGAAGUAGGAGACUUGCCUUUAAGAAAAUUGUCUCUGUCCCUUCUCUCUGAGGUGAGGGGCUGGCCCUUCCUUAUCUUGGAAGCAAGGAUGGGCAUGUGGGCAGCAGCAUUUCUCUCUAUAUAUUUAUUCUUUGAGUUAUCAGUGAGAUUUUUCUUACUGAUUUCAAAAAUUAUAAAUUAAAAUUUAAAACUGCUACAUUUGAGUUAGCUUUUCCUUAAAACCAUCAUCCUUUGACUCAAUGGCACUAAUUUUCCAGGCCAGAUCUAAAUUUCUUCUGGUUUCUGCCCCAACCCAUUCCUCAUGCUGAAGAUUGUAGGGAAUCAUGUUUUUACCAUAGACUUGGUUUUUUGCAAUAUGUUAUGUGAUUGUAUUAAACAGGUGUUUUGUAUAAGCAUUUUAGUCCAUAGGUUACUAAAUUUUUUGGGAAUUUUUAUGUAGCAGAAUGACAUUACUUUUAAUAUUUUGGUUUAUUUAUAUAUUUGAAAAUGAGUGUAAACCAUCAUCUCAUUAAACUUUUCUAGAUAUUCUUGGCUGAAAAUGAAAAAUAUUCAUUUU